AUGACAGAUAGAGGCUCUCAAACUCGUGGGUUACCCGUGGGUGAAGUGAGAAUUGAGCCUAGGAGAAGGAAAGUUCGGAAAGGCACGCAGAGCUGCUGGGAGUGCAAGCGAAAAAAGAUUAAAUGCAUAUUUACCGCACCAACGGAUAGUCUCUGCCACGGAUGCAAGCGCCGUGGUACUCCGUGCAUCAGUCAAGAAUUUCCAGAGGAUCCGGGAAGCACUCGGAGGCAGCUGGGAGACAGGCUUGGCCGAGUUGAGGAGUUGGUCGGGCGGCUCAUAAGGGACAGUCGUAAAGAUGACCCGAAUGAUACUUCGCCUCGGAGCACACAAUCAGACGGGCGAGUAGAGCACCGAUAUCUGACUGGUCAGGCUGACGGCGCCUCGACAUCUCCUAGUUCUACUACGCUCAAUUGGAAUGGUCAAGAUCCAGCGGUGCGUCUCCCUAUAACUGCACCCUCGAAUAGCCCUUCUCUUCUAGUCAAUGCCAUUAGUCUGGGUCGGGACACAAGUACGGCAGAUACAUACAAUGAUCUCUCUCGAACUCUUUCAGCGGCAUGGCCCAGUCUACGAGAUCUCAAUAUCAUAUUGAGCAUAGGAUUUGGAGGCUUGGCCAUUUUUCAUGGGGUAAUAUGCAUGCCAUAUUCAAAGUUCAUGGGUCCAGAGAGACCCUCUCCACAGAAAAUGUUGCAGCUUCCACCACCAGGAUCUCACCCGGUCCUGAUUGCACAGAAACUUCUAAUGCUAGGCACCUAUUUGCAAGGAAUCCCACCAACUGAUAUUGAAGCGCUUAAAAAUUUGAGUAUCCCUCACCGAGACACCAUGCACCGUGCGGUUGAGACGGCAAGUCGGCUCGUAACUAGUAACGACGAUCUAGUUAAUACGAUCGAGGGUAUCGAGUGCAUAAUGAUAGAGAGCAUGUACCGAAACAAUGAGGGCAACCUGCGCCGAGCAUAUCUAAUUAUACGCCGCGCAUUAGUUAUUGCCCAAAUGAUUGGUUUAGAUAGAGGCAACAACUCGUCCCUGUUAAAGGCCCUCGAGCCCGAGACCAGAACACGCAUCGAUCCAGCAUAUAUGUGGUUCCGAAUAAUUCAAUCUGAUCGAUACCUCUCACUCAUGUUAGGCCUACCACAAGGUACGCUGGAUAAUGACUUCGCCAUCGCUGAGGUUAUGGAAGAGUGCAGUCCCAUGGAGCGGAUGGAGAGGAUGGUCUGCUCUGCUGGUGGGCAAAUUAUACAACGGAAGCACGAUGACAAGCAAAAUUUUGCAUUCACGCAAGAAACCGACAAGUUGCUGCGAGGUGCUGCGGCUUUAAUGCCACCCCAGUGGUGGUUAGCCCCCGAUCUGUCGACCAGGGAUGCUGACGACUUGAAUGUCAUCCACGACACUGUUCGCCUCAUGAACCAGUUCACAUAUUAUCACCUGCUCCAGCGUCUCCAUCUUCCAUAUCUUCUGCACCCAUCGACAGAUCCUCGGUAUGACUACAGUAAGGUCACAGCCGUGAUGGCCAGUCGAGAGUUACUAUCUCGCUUCGUGCCAUUUCGAAGCUCUAAGAACCAUGGUUCAUUCUGUCGCGGUGUUGAUUUCCUCGCAUUUAUUGCGAGCACUACGUUAUGUCUGGCGCAUAUUGACGCUUGCCGCCAAAUAAAUUUCUGUGCGAACGAAGGCCGCGGCAGUGCACAACUCGGCCUUCUCUCACAUCAGCGCCUCAGCGACCGCGGUAUGAUGGAACGCGUUCUCGAGAGUAUGGAAUACAUAGGCCAAACUAACAAUGACAAUAUGGCUACGAAAAUCGCGCACAUAACCCGGCAGCUACUCAGUAUCGAGGACGACGCUGCGAUGGGCGGUAGUUACAAGGCUGAUUCUUCGUUGAACAGCAUUGAGCAGGAAGAUCUGGAGUGUAAUGGGAUAUUAAUAGAUGGCGGUACCGGAUUAAAAAUUUACAUCCCCUAUAUUGGUACAAUCAGGAUUGAGCGCCAUGGCGUCUUCAGACCAUCUGUCCCAGCCGGGCUUAGGUCUCGGGAAAUAGCCGGAUUAACUGAAAGCUUCGACCCGCCGCUCCCAGGGCUGAUUGAAAGGCCUGCAGAACACGUACAAAGCAGGAGAAUUUCCGAGGACUGCAUGUCGGAUAACUCUACUAAUAUACGCCCUGUUGGUCUGCAAGUGCAGGAUGACAGGGCCUUCGACUUUAAUGAUACUGCAGGAUUGUAUUCUCAAUGGUUUGUCCCUGGGCUGGACUCGAGCGACGAAUGGGAUCUGCAAGGCAUAGACACGGCUUUUUUUAAUAGCAUUUUUCAAUUCCGCGGCAGCGAAUGA